AUGUACCGCAUCGCUCGAGUACCCAUGCGCCCCAGUCUGCAAGCAGCUCAUCGUGUGGCCGCGAUAACUAGACACAUGGCCACCCCCGCGCAGUCGUCUCAUUCUGCUUCGGCGUCAGAAGAGCCUCCGGUCUUGUUCGAGGAGAAGCUCUCAAUGCGGCGGUACAUAUUGAACCGACCCAAGAAGCUGAACUCUCUGAAUUCCGCUAUGCUUGACCUAUUGGCUCCCAAACUGAAGCAAUGGAAUGACGCCGACCUCGCGGGGAUUAUCGUUGGGACGGGCGAAGGAAAAGCAUUCUGUGCAGGAGGAGAUGUCGCAGCCGUUGUAGAAUCCAUUGAGAACAAGAAGCAUGAUGAGGCGUUAAGCUUCUUCCAACACGAGUUCGGAUUGGAUUACUAUCUGGCGAAACUCGACAAACCAUACGUCGUGGUAAUGGACGGCUAUACUAUGGGCGGUGGAUAUGGUUUGACUGCGCCUGCUGCGUUCAGGAUAGCUACCGAGAAGACCCAGUUCGCUAUGCCGGAGACGAAGAUCGGCUACUUCCCCGACGUCGGUGGCUCUUUCUACUUGUCGCGGCUGGACGGUCAGAUUGGAACGUACCUUUCAUUGACAGGGAACAUUGUUUCAGGACGCGCAGCCUUUGAACUCGGCCUCGCCACGCACUUCAUACACUCCUCUCGCGUCCCUCAGUUACUUGAGAAACUUUCUGCCCUGGAACGUCCAACAUUUGGUCAGGUCGCUAGUGCCAUCGACGAUUUGUAUACGGAGCGGGAGCCCAGCGAUCCGCCUUUCCCGUUCGCGGGUGGUGUCCGUGAUGCGCUCGAUGAUGCCUUCUCUCAGGGGACGGUCGAAGAUAUUUUGGUCAAGCUUCAUCAUUACGCGGACGGAAAGGGAAAGAAUAGCUCGGCCGACAUCGUACAGUGGGCUCAGGAUACGAUUGCCAUGCUCGAAGACCGAAGCCCGACCAGUCUGAAAGUUGCUCUCCAAGCCAUUCGACGAGCCAAGAAGAUGGACCUUCAGCACGCUCUCGCCAUGGAGCUGAACAUCGCCAAGAAGUUCUGUAGUGGUACGAACCCCGAUUUCAAGACGGGUGUUACCGCAGUCAUGAUCACGAAGUUGAAAGGGAGGCCAGAAUGGUCCCCUGCUUCACUGAGCGAUGUUUCAGACGCUGCCGUAGAGGAAUAUUUCACGCAGGAAACAGCACCGAAGCUCAUCAUGCCGCGCGCCGAGAAGGAUGCCAAGACUCGGGAUACCCGCAAGUAUGCGCUUCCUAGUGAGGACCUGAUCAUGAAGGUGGUCAAGGGUGAACAUCCAUCCAGCCCCGACACUGCCAUCACGGUUGAGGAACUCCUGGACCGCUUUGACGAAUUAACAAAUAACAAGGCAGGCGUACGGGAGAAGGUUUUGGACGUUGUCAGCCGCAGAUGCAAGAUGGACGGCGAUAAGUUCCUUUCCUGGAAGUAA